UGUGGAUUGGGACUGAUCACAGCUGUCGGUUCAGUGCGAAGUCUCCAGCUCCACCAUGUGGAACCGACGGCAUGGUCGUCUCAGGACUGUGGGAUGCGGGAUGGAAGAACUACGGCGCCGCCGUCGGGAGCGGGAAGCAGAACUGCGGAAGGCACGGAGGGAGCAGCAGCUGGUCAGCAAGAGGCUGCUGAGAGACGACACCCCAGAGGAGGCCGAAGGGGGAUGUGUGGCUUUGAUCCUCGGGGAAGCCGAGAUCCAGCAGUUCCUGUGGUUAGCCCAGCGGGGGACAGGGGAAAAGGAGAGAGAGGGAGCUUUGGUCAGUCUUCGUCGAGGCUUGCAGCACCCAGAGACACAGCAGACCUUCAUCAGGCUGAAGGGCAGUAUGCGGACCCUGGUCGGGCUCCUGACCAGCAACCAGGCUCUGCUGCAGCUUGAGGCGGCUCGGUGCCUUCAUGAGCUCUCUCAUUCUGAGCAGUCUGCAGUGGCUGAGGCCUGCCUGCCAGCCACUUCCUACCUUCUCACCUACCUCGCCGGUCACAGCUCAGAUCUUAUAGAGCUCUGUCUGUAUACACUGGGUAACCUGAUUGUGGAGAGUGAAUCUGUGAGAAGGCAGCUCCUGCCACAGGGCAUUGUUCCAGCCUUGGCUUCCUGCAUCCAGUCCCCCCAUCUGACUGUGCUGGAAGCCCUUGGCUAUGCCUUGUCCCAGCUCCUGCAGGCUAAGGAAGCUCCAAAGAAGAUCAUCCCUUCUGUCCUGAGCACCCCUCUUCCCCAGCACAUGCUUCGACUAUUGCAACCUGGUCCAAAGCUGAACCCUGGGGUCGCUGUGGAGUUUGCCUGGUGCCUUCACUACAUCAUCUGCAGCCAGGUCAACAAUGCCCUGCUCAUCACCCAUGGGGCUGUGUCCACUCUGGGGCUGCUACUGUUGUACUUGGCUGGGGCUGUCCAGAGAUCCGAGGAUGCAGGACUGGAGCUGCUGCUGUGCCCUGUGCUUCGGUGUCUAAGCAACUUGCUAACAGAGGCAGCAGGAGGGCAAGUGCAGCUCAGAGAUGAGCGUGUUGUGGUAUCCUUAUUUAUCAUUCUGCAGUUCCUCCUCCAGAAACAGCCCAGCCUGCUUCCUGAGGGCCUCUGGCUCCUUAACAACCUCACUGCAAACAGUCCUGGCUUCUGUACCUCCUUGCUCUCCCUGGAUCUGAUCGAGCCUCUCUUGCAGUUGUUGCCAGUAUCUAAUGUGGUGAGCGUACUGGUACUCACAGUUCUGUGCAACGUUGCAGAGAAGGGUCCUGCUUAUUGCUGGCGUUUGUGGCCAGGGCCCCUACUCCCCUCUUUGCUGGACAUGUUGGCCUUCUCUGACACUGAGGUAGUAGGCCAGAGUUUGGAGCUGCUGCAACUGCUCUUCCUCUAUCGGCCAGAGGCUGUCCAGGCCUUCCUGCAGCAAUCAGGGCUGCAGGCCCUCAAAAGGCAUGAGGAGGAAGCACAGCUCCAGGAUCGAGUGCAUGCUCUCCAGCAGACAGCUCUUCAUAGGUGACCUGGCUUUUCAGUGUCACUUACUACCUCCCCCCACAGCUUCUCUGCCCAUGGAGCCCCGUUUGGGUGUUUAGGACCAUAAUGAGGCCUCAUGUUUUCUGAUCCCACACCUAAAGCCUAAACCAAGACCUUUGGACUCCAGCUUACCCCCUUUCACUCAGCACAGUCCAUACAGGACCAGAGGGAGGUGGGUGUGGUCUACUUACUCUGGACCCUGCAAUCUCCCUCCUUUUUUUUUGUUUUGUUUUAGCUGAUGUCUUUGGA